CUCCCCGCACAGCUCCCGCCCCUCGUGACAGCAGCCAAUCGGAGCGCGCCUCUGGGCGCCAAUCAGAGCGCAGCUGUGAGCUGGCGUCCUUCAGGCGCAGGUGCAUCUGUGACGCCUUCACGUGCCGUCCUCCGGCUCGUACAUCACGGCUUCUCCUCGCUCGGCUCCCAGCGAGACGACGGCGCAUGUAAACGUUUCGCUCUUUGGCGGCACAUUCAUUUGAUGCGGUUGCAGCAAUUCGUUUUUUUUCAAUCUAAAAUUAUACCCAAUUAAUGUUGUGUUCGUUUUGUUACUGUAAUAUUGAUAUAUACAUUUUUAAAGAGACUCACAUUGUCAAACACAAAAAAAGAGUUAUUCACGUAAAGAUAGACUAUAGGAAUAGUAAAUGAACUAAAGGAAAUAACUAUGAAAAAGUUAUUAUAUAUAUUUAAAGAGUUGCUAUGGCAGCGCGGGUAAGCAAGACAGAAGGCAGGCUGUCACCGUGACAACGGGUACACAAGGAAGUGCAAGGCAGAGAGAAAAUGAAAGAAAGAGCGAGCAGACAAAGCAACUAAGGAGUUUUUUUUCAGAGGAGGAGGAGAGGAUGAGUGUUGAGGAGGAAUGUGAAGAGGAGAUGAGGGAGGCUGCCCUCUCCGCGGUUCCCAUAAGGACACCCACCCCGUCCAAACAACAGAUCGUCCCCAAAACCCCGGAGGCAGUGGACGACUUCCUGAGGAACUUCCUGCGGAGGGCCGGACUGAACCGAACUCUGAAUGUCUUCGAGCCUGAGUGGUACGGAUCGGCUCAGAAGCUCCUGAGCGAAACUCUAAGGACGGCAUGGACGGGCGUCUUCAUUCCUGAUGCUCUCACACACAGGCAGCUCCUCCAGAGGGAGCUGGAGACGGUCCGCGUGGAGACAGACCGCCUCAGACAGGACGUGCUGGUUGCAGGAGAGCGCCUGGUGAGGACGCAGAGGGAGAGGCACUUCCACCGGCUACAGCACCGGCGAGUCGCUGAGGAGAAAAACAGGCUCAUCCAGCACUCGCAACAGCUGAAGAAACACCUGGAGUCCUACGAGCCGGUGCUCAGGCAGCUGGAGGAUAAAUAUCAAGCAGCCCUGAGGCAGAAAACGCUCAUCACUUUGGAAAAGGACCGAGUUCAAAACCCCACCGACGCAAGACUGAAUGAAGAGAAAUCCCCAAACCUGAAAAAGAGCAGCAUCAAAAGGAGCGGCAAUGGUAACAAAUCACCAACCAAACGCAGCGUAGCCAGACAUCCAAAGGACACGGAGUUUCCCGUCUGCAGCAGGCGGAACCCUCCUCUGGCUCAGGGGGCAUUUCAAAAAUGGGAAAACACCAUUUCCUUCAGAGCCCACGAGCUUCCCAUCAGCUGCAUUGACCUUCAUCCACAAAAACUGAUCCUCGCCACCGCCAGUGAUGACCGCAGCUUGAGGCUGUGGGAGCUGCUGCCCAACGGAGAGAAGCUUGGCCAGACGCUGCUGACGGGUGAGGGUCACUCCGAUUGGCUGUCUGGCUGCAGCUUCCACCCCGACGGAGCAAAACUGGCAACGACCGGUGGAGACUGUACGGUGCGGCUCUGGGAUUUGUCCCGCGGCCGCUGCGUGCUGUCGCUGCCCGGCCACGGCCGGCCCACCUGGGGCUGCUCGUUCCACUGCCGCGGCCACCUCCUGGCCUCCUGCUCCGCCGACCGCACCGCCAAGGUGUGGGACCUGAACAGCCAGCGCUGCAGGCUCACGCUGCGUCGCCACGCCGCCUCCGUCAGCAGCGUCUGCUUCCUGCCCCUCUCCGACCUGCUCCUCACGGCCUCGGCUGACAAGACCCUCGCCGAGUGGGACGCCAGACUGGGCGCGUGCACCGCCAGCUUCCAUGGGCACCGGCACCCAUGCAGCCACGCCGCCUUCAGCCCAGCGGGCGACGCCACGUUGGCCUCCUGCGACACACGUGGCAUCGUCCACCUGUGGGACGCCAGGAAGCCUGCGUUGCCGACAGCGACGGUUGAUGCCGGGCCACUGGCUGCCAACCAGGUGGCGUUCAGCCCGUCGGGGAAGGCGCUGGCCGUCGCCAGCUCUGACGGCGUGCUCAGGGUGGUGCAGGUGGAUUCCGGCGUGACGAGUAGCCUGUCGGGAUCCGGCGAUGGAGUGCAGAGCGUGACGUUCGACCACGAAGGAGAGAGUGUGACGUGCGCGGGGAGAGACGGGGUGAUCAGCGUUUGGGCGGGACAGUGAGACCAGCGGUUGCCGUGCUUUCAGUUUCCCGUGCAAAGAAAAACCUAUUUGAGAGCAUUACUUAUAUGGAUACAUGAAUAUUUUCGAAAGAAUGUGUGACAUUAAAACCUUAUGAAAUAGAA